AGUGAAAUGACUUUCGUAUUCCGCACCUUUGCACCCGCCGACUUCACGUGGCUGUCGGCAGUUGCUUGAGCUACACCCAACAGGCUGCCCAUCCUGCUGUAAUUUUAGUCAAGAUGGGUGUUACUCGUGUACGCCGGGUAAAAGAUCGCUCGCUCGGUGCACACACUCCCUUCCCCAGGGCGACGACGAUAUAAUGGCUCCGUACAUGAAUAGCGAUGCUCCCCUCAUAGGGUCAUCCGCAGCCGCAAGCACCGAGAAGCCCAAACCGACUAGCAUUCGAGUGAUCAUUGUUGGCGCCGGUUUCGCUGGCAUAACCGCUGCCAUCGAGUGCGUCCGUCACGGACAUACCGCCGUCAUACUCGAGUCCUACAAGUCGACUAAUGUCCAGCUUGGUGACAUCAUCUCCUUCGGUAGCAACUCUUCACGCAUCUUCAGGCGCUGGCCUGGUGUGCCAGAGAAGCUCGAUCCAAUCUGUCACAACAGCGACCAUCUGACGUACUAUGACUGGAAAGGCGAGCACAUCUAUACGCAAUACUGGGGCAGCGAAGAAGAGAACUUCGGCAAACGGUACAACGGCCACCGAGGCGAAAUCCACAAGAUUGUUUUCGAUCACGCUCUCGAGCAAGGCGUGGAGAUCCGCUUGGGUCAGCAAGUCACAGAGUACUUCGAGACCGAGACUGAAGCGGGCGUUGUCUGUAACGGCGAGCGUCUCACCGCAGAUGUCGUACUUGGAGCAGACGGUGUGCGAAGUAAAGCUCGUACCCUCGUGCUAGGUCACAAUGACGCACCCAAGCCUUCCGGUUAUGCUAUAUACCGUGCCUGGAUGGACUCUUCGGAACUUGCUAAGAAUGAUCUUACCAAACAUCUCGUGCAAGAAGACUCUCAUACUGGCUGGCUAGGUCCCGAUAUCCAUUUCCUUGCGGCCGCUAUCAAGGGUGGCAAAGAGUUCAGCUGGGUCUUCACGCACAAAGACACUCGCGAUGUCGACGAAGGCUGGUCCGAGCCCGGUAAUCACGAAGAUGCGUGCAAGAUUCUCGAAGGCUGGGCGCCGGCUGUCCAUGCCAUUGUACGGAUGACUCCGCCUGAAAAGCUGGUGGACUGGAAGCUCGUAUACAGAGACCCGCUGCCCACCUGGGUGAGUCCGAAAGGCAGGAUCGCGCUGAUUGGAGAUGCGGCGCACCCUUUUCUGCCAACUAGCAUACAAGGUGCCAGUCAAGCUAUGGAAGACGGGUCGUGCAUUGCAGUGAUGCUGGAGUUGGCCGGGAAGGAGAAGGUGGCGGAUGCGCUGAGGGCGUAUGAGAAGAUACGUUAUGAUCGGGUCAAGGCGACUCAGAAGACGGCUCGCGAUCAAUGGCACAAAGCAGAUUUCGACAACCUCCGAAAGAACCCGGAGGCUAUCAAACUCAAGCGCGAGGAAUGGAUCUUGAACCACGAUGCGGAGUCGCAUGCCUAUGAGGUUGGCCCGAAGGUCCUUGCGGAACUUCACCAAGCAGCAGCAUAGCGUUAUCCUCAACAGCGUUCAUUUGGCUGUGCUUCUUCGACUGGAAUCUGAAUGGAUUAGCGCACCUUCCUCUUUUGUUUAUCACAUGACUUCAACAUUGGCACGUGAGCUAAUCGACUUCCCUUACUUACACCUCUAAGCUUCCUCACCAGUAUUGCGUGGUCUGAGAUACAUCCUCCGGACUUGGGCCUGUUCAGAUCAUUCAUUUAUCUGGAUAGAACGUUGUCAGUACACAGUAAAGGCGGCCUUUCAAGAGCCAAAUUGCCUACUAGAGCUGGUUCGUAUCUUCCAUCCUC